AUGCAAUCUAAUCUUAAAACCAAGGAAAUGUUUAUAUUGAGAGCGCUCGAGAAAAUUUUAAAUGAUAAAGAAAUCAAGAGGUCUCAUCACUCUCAACUUAAGAGGGCUUGCGAAGCUGCUCUAGAACAAAUAAAAAAGGAAACGAAUGAACACUCAAAUGAGGAAAGUAUAUCGGAUGCUCUGCCGCAACCGAAAAGUGGCGACGCAAAUAUCCUGACGACUGAAAAGUAUUUUUUACCGUUCGAACUAGCUUGUCAGAGCAAAUCGGCCAGAAUAGUGGUGACGGCGUUGGAUUGUCUUCAAAAAUUGAUAGCCUAUGGUCAUCUAACUGCUAACGUACCUGAUUCGACGACACCAGGAAAGCUGCUUAUUGAUAGAAUAGUUGAGACUAUUUGCAGUUGUUUCACUGGGCCCCAGACUGAUGAAGGUGUCCAGCUACAAAUCAUCAAAGCCCUUCUAACAGUCGUCACCAGCCAAUAUGUCGAAGUCCACGAAGGCACCGUUCUCAUGGCGGUACGAACCUGCUACAACAUUUUCCUCGCCAGCAAAAAUCUCGUUAACCAAACGACAGCCAGAGCCACCUUGACGCAGAUGCUGAACGUAAUCUUUACCAGAAUGGAGAACCAGGCUCUGGAGGCCGAGGUGCACGAAAGCCUGCAGAACAGUCAGAAUUCGAAUAAUUCGGCGACGUUGAAUGAUUCUAAAGCUUCAAAUGACGGCGAUGGCAAGAGCGUGAAGUCUUUGAAAGUAGACGAUAACGAGGAAACUGGUGAAAGCGUAGCAGCUGAAAUCAUGGAGAAUAUUAUCGAUGGCGUGAUGACGGAAGUGGUGGAAAAUAAACAAGUUGAAGUGCUGAAUUCGCCGGAAAAUGAAACACACAGUAUCGCCUCAUCUUUGACAAGAAUCCCCUCGCAAGAAAGCAUGGACACCCAAAGCGAAAACGACUCAGCGGUCACAGCCAAAUUCACCCACAUCCUCCAAAAAGACGCCUUCCUCGUCUUCCGCGCCCUCUGCAAGCUCUCCAUGAAACCCCUUCCCGAAGGCACGCCCGAUCCCAAAUCGCACGAACUCCGCUCCAAGAUCCUCUCCCUCCAACUCCUCCUAUCCAUCCUCCAAAACGCCGGUCCCGUAUUUCGUUCCAACGACAUGUUCAUCACGGCCAUCAAGCAGUAUUUGUGCGUCGCCUUGUCGAAGAACGGCGUCAGUUCCAUUCCGAAGGUGUUCGAACUGUCGCUGGCCAUUUUUUUGGCGCUGCUGUCGAAUUUCAAGAUGCACCUGAAGAUGCAGAUCGAGGUGUUCUUCAAGGAGAUCUUCCUCAAUAUUUUGGAGACUACGAAUUCCUCGUUCGAGCAUAAGUGGAUGGUGAUCCAAGCCCUGACGCGUAUCUGCGGCGACGCCCAAAGCGUAGUGGACAUCUACGUGAACUACGAUUGCGAUUUAUCCGCCGCCAAUCUAUUCGAACGUCUAGUCAAUGAUUUAUUCAAAGUAGCCCAAGGCAGGCAUUCCGUCGAAAUCGGUGCUUCCCCUAAUCAAGAGCGCGCCAUGAAGCUGCGCGGGCUCGAAUGCUUGGUGUGCAUUUUGAAAUGCAUGGUGGAGUGGAGCAAAGAUUUGUACGUCAAUCCGAAUCUCCAGUCGACCGUGGGGGAGCAGGAGCACCGCGAAAACGAUUACGUUUCGAUUAAAUCGCACGGUGGGAGUUCGAAUAGUUUGCAUUCGAGCGAAAGCGGUGGGAAUAAGGAGAUAUUGGAUUCGCCUGAACAGUUGGAGGUGCUUAAGCAACAAAAAGAGGUAUGGGAAACUGGCAUAGAGAUGUUCAACAAGAAACCGCGAAAAGGCAUAACGUACCUACAGGAGCAGGGACUGUUAGGACCCAGCCACGAAGACGUUGCCAAAUUUCUACACAACGACGAACGCUUGGAUAAGACUUUCAUCGGCGAAUUUCUAGGCGACAACGACGAUUUGAGCAAGCAGGUCAUGUACAGCUAUGUCGAUCAGAUGAUUUUUCAAAAUUUGGAUUUCGUGGCUGCUCUUCGACAUUUUUUGGACGGUUUCAGGUUACCAGGAGAAGCCCAAAAAAUCGACAGGCUGAUGGAAAAAUUCGCGAGCAGAUACUGCGAAUGCAACCCGAACAACGGCCUCUUCGCCACCGCCGACACAGCUUACGUUCUAGGUUUUUCCAUCAUCAUGCUCACCACGGACCUUCACUCGCCCCAAGUCAAAAACAAAAUGACCAAAGAGCAGUACAUCAAACUGAAUCGAGGCAACACCGAAAGCAAAGACGUCCCGGAGGAGUACCUAUCUCAAAUUUACGACGAAAUAGCCGGGCACGAAAUCAAAAUGAAGAACCCCGUCAACAAGCCCGGCAAACAGCAGUUCAACAGCGAGAAAAGGCGGAAGAUCUUGUUCAAUAUGGAAAUGGAAGCGAUAUCUUCUGCGGCCAAGAACUUGAUGGAGUCCGUUUCGCACGUCCAGGCACCGUUUACGCUGGCUAAGCAUUUAGAGCAUGUGAGGCCGAUGUUUAAAAUGGCGUGGACGUCGUUUUUGGCGGCGUUUAGCGUCGGUUUGCAGGAUUGCGACGAUCCGGAAGUUGCUGCUUUAUGUUUAGACGGGAUCAGAUGUGCCAUAAGGAUAGUCUGUAUAUUCCAUAUGCCAUUAGAAAGAGACGCCUACGUUCAAGCUUUGGCUAGAUUCACUCUUUUAACCGCAAAUUCUCCCAUUAUGGAUAUGAAAGCCAAAAACAUCGAUACAAUCAAAACGUUGAUAAUGGUUGCGCAUACUGAUGGAAAUUACUUAGGGACGAGUUGGUUGGACAUUCUAAAAUGCAUAUCACAAUUAGAAUUGGCGCAGUUAAUAGGAACAGGAGUGCGACCUGAAUUUUUGUCUGGUCCUGGACAUAAACCUCCUGAUCCUAGUUCGAAGGAGCACAUCGGACAAACGAGCUCGCAAAGCGUAGUUGUGGCUGUGGAUAGAAUAUUUACGGGAUCUACAAGACUGGACGGUGAUGCCAUCGUCGAUUUCGUCAAAGCUUUAUGUAAAGUAUCUUUAGAAGAAUUGGCCCAUUCCGGCCAUCCGAGGAUGUUUUCUCUCCAAAAGAUCGUAGAAAUUUCCUAUUACAACAUGGGCAGGAUCAGGUUGCAGUGGUCCCGAAUUUGGCAGGUGUUGGGAGAACACUUCAACUUAGUGGGUUGCAGUUCCAAUGAAGAAAUAUGUUUCUUUGCUGUGGAUAGCCUGAGGCAGCUUUCAAUGAAGUUUAUAGAGAAGGGCGAAUUCUCGAAUUUUCGGUUUCAAAAAGAUUUUCUCCGUCCAUUCGAAUAUAUCAUGAAAAAUAACGUAUCGCCCACCGUUAGGGACAUGGUGGUUCGUUGCGUGGCCCAGAUGGUCAAUUCCCAAGCGAAAAAUAUAAGAUCAGGUUGGAAAAACAUCUUCUCUGUAUUCCACCUAGCGGCCGGCGAUCAAGAAGAAUGCAUUGUCGAUCUCGCAUUCCAAACUACGGGAAAAAUAAUCAUGGAACUAUACGAAAAACAGUUUCCCACCAUGAUAGAUUCCUUCCAGGACGCCGUCAAGUGUCUUUCGGAGUUCGCUUGCAACGCCAGGUUCCCCGACACCAGCAUGGAAGCCAUUCGAUUGGUCAGAGCGUGCGCGUGCAGCGUCAGCGGAGCGCCGCAUCUAUUUGCGGAAUAUGGAGGCUUGGAGAAUGACAUAAUGGUGUCGGAAGACGAUCGAGUGUGGGUACGUGGUUGGUUCCCAUUGCUGUUUUCAUUAUCCUGCGUGGUGAAUAGGUGCAAAUUAGACGUUAGAACGCGCGCUCUUACAGUUAUGUUCGAAGUAAUCAAAACCUACGGCGACACUUUCAGUCCCCAUUGGUGGAAGGACUUGUUUAAAAUUCUCUUCAGGAUAUUUGACAACAUGAAACUCCCUGAAAAACAACCAGAAAAGGAUGAAUGGAUGACGACGACGUGCAAUCACGCCCUUUAUGCGAUCGUGGACGUUUUCACGCAAUAUUUUGACGUAUUGGGACCUCUUUUACUCGAAGAACUCUACUCGCAGCUGCAUUGGUGCGUACAACAGGACAACGAACAGUUGGCACGAUCCGGAACCAAUUGUCUAGAAAACUUAGUCAAUAGCAACGGAAGUAAAUUCAAUGAAGACACGUGGGAUAAAACGUCUCAAUGUAUGUUAGAUAUUUUUAAAUCGACGGUACCUUCGGCGCUGCUGACUUGGAAACCGGAAUCCAUGAAAACUAUGGCUGUGAUUGAACAAAACGGGGACAUCGCUCCCAACAAAGGCAUUCUAAAACGAACCAAUUACCACCAAGACGUCAGCGUCGAUAACGUGGAAGUCUUCAACAGUCUCGCAAUCAAAAGCGCCGUGCAAUUGGAACUCAUCCAAACUAUCGAUAAUAUAGUUUUCUAUCCGGCCACGUCACGAAAAGAAGACGCCGAGACGUUGGCCUUUGCCGCUGCCGACAUGACCGGCGGCGGUUCCUUAACGGAGUGCCAACGGGAAGAACAAGGGAUGUACAGGUUGCUGAGCUCGCCCCAUUUAUUGCAGUUGACCGAGUGCCUUUUGAAAUCACACAGAUUCGCGAAAGCGUUCAACCUCAACCACGAACAACGCAACCUUCUUUGGAAAGCGGGCUACAAGGGCCAAACGAAGCCCAACCUCCUGAAACAAGAAACCCAAAGUCUGGCGUGUCUGCUUAGGAUACUAUUCAAGAUGUACUGUGACGACAGUAGGCGGAAAUAUUGGCCGGUGAUAGAAAGUACCUUAUUGACGGUGUGCCAAGAAGGCUUGGAGUAUUUCCUCAGGCUGCAAAGCGAAGGGCACCGGGAAGCCUGGACGUCGUUGUUGUUAUUGAUUAUGACCAGGUUGUUGAAGAUGGAUGAUAACAGGUUUGCUGUCCACAUAGCUAGGUACUACCCACACCUUUGCGAGAUCGUAUGCUUCGACCUCAAAGCGGAGCUCAGGUCCAUUUUGAGAAGAGUUUUCCUGAGAAUAGGACCUGUCUUUCAUAUUACCAGUACAACUACAUAG